AUGAUCAAGAAUCUAAUGCGACUACUCUUCAGUACUGGGUUCUCGUUUGAGAGCCACCAAGACGACGAUUUCUUCAACGAACCCUCGACCAUGCGGCCUCGACUGACUGCUGCAGCCGCCAAGGAGGAUGGUUCUACAGAGCACCUUGCGCCACUAUCCACAUCCUCGACAUAUCAGGUUGUCGCCAGAGGUCUUCCCGGCGCAAAAAUCCAUUAUGCGGCACCUAGUGCCUGA